UGGCAUACCGCUGCAGCAUUUCCGCUGAAUGUCUGUUUCUCAUUUCCAGAAGGGAUUAGGGAGAAACACCCCGGGACAGCGUUGACUUUCUCACCCCGUCGCCUGCCGAUUUCUCUUUUUUUUUUUUUUUACCAAGAGCAGAGCGACGCCUUACUACCCAAUACACUUUGGAGAUAUAGGGAUGAACUGAAGAUGAAUGUAAACCAGCACACUCCAAUGGCCUCUCCCUAUGGCCAGCCUCAGCCUGGCUACGGGCAGCCCACCUUUGCCCCCCUGGAUGGCGGAUACCCGGCACCCUACGCACCUUACAACGGCCCCACGUCAGCCUACCAGCCCGGAGCUGCACCACAAGGUUAUUCAUCUUUUACCACCUACCCCUCUAAGGCUGCGGCAGCCCAUCCAGUCUCUGAGCUCUCCUCUCCUCUUGACCUAGGUCAUGGCAGGGCUCCACCCACUUCUGGCCCCCCUCCGGUUUUAGCUCCUCAAGCUUACAACCAGUAUGGUCACAACCAGGGGGUCACGCAGAAUGGACCCCCACCUUUGACGCAAGCACCUGCCAGGCCUGCUGCGGUGUCUCAGCCCUACCACCAAGGAUCAGUCAACCUGUCAGGGCCGCCCACCUCGUACCCCCAACACUACGGGCCCCCGCCCACAAUGCAGCACGUCACCAAUCAGAUGAGCGGGAUGCAGGUUUCCGCCGGACCCCCCAGCGCUGCGGGGCCCGGAUAUGCACCACCGCACAGCUCCCAGCCGCCUGCGAGCGCUUCCUUCUCAGCCGCUCCUCCCUCCUCCUACACGCAGGCUCCGCCCCCUACGUCGUCUCGCCCCGCCCAGCAGCCACCCCCGCCCUGUGGCCCUGCCGCUCCCCAGCAAUACUACGGAGGCAACCCUCCCUCCCAGCAGUCGUUUAAUUCUUCUCUCCCCCCUACCUCGCAACAGCAAUACACCUCCCCUGCGCCGCCUCUGCCUUCCACCCAGCAGCCAUUUCCUCCUUCCUCCUAUUCGGGUCCUCCGCCAGCUCAAGCUCCUUCUCCGUCAGUAUCGCAGCCUCAGCAGUCCUUCCCGGCCUCUCAGCCUGCGUUCUCCUCAGCCCCUCCACCUGUCAGCCAGACCUCCUUCGCCCCCGGCCAGGGCUCCUUCCCUCCAAGGGCGCCCCCACCCACCUCCUCUCAGCCCGGGUCGUAUCCUCCUUCAGGUCCUCCUCCAACGUCACCCCCCUCUGGCCAGUACCCAGGCCCCAUGCCGCCUCAGCAGCAGCCCCUUCCCUCGCAGCCGCCACCCUUCCCCUCAGGUCCCUUCCCUCCCAGACCACAGAUGCCCCCGUCAUCCAUGCACCAGAGCAACCACUUACCUCCAGGACCACCAGGCCCUCCUGGACCCCUGCAGCAGCAGCACCCCCCACCUCAGCCUGGCAUGCCGGGAGGGUACCCACCCCAACAGAAUGGUGCAUUCGGGCAGGUGAGAGGCCCUCAGCCGGGCUACCCGGGCCCUUACCCUGCCCAGACAAACUACGGAGCUCCCGCACCAGCACCUGCUCCAGCCGGGGUCCAGAAAAGACUGGACCCCGACACCAUUCCGAGCCCGCAAGCGUCUGACAUGCCGGCCGUGCAGAAAUCAAGACAUAGAAUAGAUCCAGACGCUAUUCCCAGCCCAAUCCAAGUCAUAGAGGACGACAAGGCCAAGAGCACAGAGCCUUUCACCACGGGGGUAAGGGGACAAGCCCCACCGCUCGUCACCACCAACUUUCAAGUCCAAGACCAAGGGAACGCCAGCCCCAGGUUCUUCCGCUGUACGGCCUACAACAUGCCGUGCACCGCAGACAUGGCUAAGCAGUCUCAGGUGCCGAUGGCGGCUGUCAUCAAGCCUCUCGCCGUGCUGCCGCCAGAUGAGGCGCCCCCGUUCUUAGUGGACCAUGGAGAAGGCGGUCCAAUCCGUUGCAACCGCUGCAAAGCCUACAUGUGUCCGUACAUGCAAUUCAUCGAAGGAGGGCGUCGCUUCCAGUGUGGGUUUUGCACUUGUGUCACAGAAGUUCCUCCGCACUAUUUCCAGCAUCUGGACCAGACUGGGAAGAGAAUGGACUACUACGACAGACCGGAGCUCUCGCUGGGUAGCUACGAGUUCCAGGCCACUGUCGACUACUGUAAAAACAACAAGAUUCCUCAGCCUCCAGCCUACAUCUUCUUUAUCGACGUGUCCUACAACGCCGUGAAGAGCGGCAUGGUCAGCAUCGUCUGUCAGGAACUUAAGACGCUACUGGACCACCUGCCCAGAGAAAACCCGGAAGCGGACUCGGUGGUGCGAGUGGGCUUUGUCACGUACAACAAGGUCCUGCACUUCUACAACGUCAAAUCUAGCCUGGCCCAACCACAGAUGCUGGUGGUGUCGGACGUGUCGGAUAUGUUUGUGCCCCUACUGGACGGUUUCCUGGUCAACAUCAACGAGAGCCGCCUGGUCAUUGAAAGUUUGCUGGACCACAUCCCAGAGAUGUUUGCGGACACCAGAGAGACCGAGACAGUCUUUGGACCUGUUAUACAGGCCGGACUAGAGGCGCUCAAGGCCGCAGACUGCGCAGGGAAGCUGUUUGUGUUCCACACCUCGUUGCCCAUCGCUGAGGCUCUUGGAAAACUCAAGAAUAGAGAGGACAAGAAGCUGAUUGGCACUGAUAAAGAAAAGUCUCUGUUUCAGCCUCAAGCUACUUUCUACAACACGCUGGCCAAGGAGUGCGUUGCUCAAGGCUGCUGCGUGGACCUCUUCCUCUUCCCCAACCAAUACGUGGAUGUGGCCACGUUAGGUGUGGUUCCUGUCUCCACAGGAGGCUCCGUCUACAAGUACACCUACUUCCAGGCUCAGACGGACCAGGAGAGGUUCCUGAACGACCUCAGACGAGACGUACAGAAGCCGAUUGGCUUCGACGCUGUCAUGAGGGUUCGGACCAGCACAGGUAUCCGAGCGACCGAUUUCUUUGGCUCGUUCUUCAUGAGCAACACCACGGACGUGGAGCUGGCGGGACUGGACUGUGACAAGGCGGUCACGGUGGAGUUCAAACACGACGACAAGCUCAGCGAGGAGACAGGGGCGCUCAUACAGUGCGCCGUCCUCUACACCAGCUGCGGCGGCCAAAGGCGCCUGCGCAUCCACAACAUGGCGGUCAACUGCUGCUCUCAGCUGGCCGACCUCUACCGCAACUGUGAGACGGACACCAUCAUCAACUUCCUUUCCAAAUACGCUUUCCGUGGCGUCCUGAGCAACCCCACAAAGGCGGUGAGGGACACUCUGGUCAACCAGUGUGCUCAGAUCCUGGCCUGCUAUCGCAAGAACUGUGCAAGUCCCUCAUCAGUUGGUCAGGUACUGAACACACCUCCUCCUAACCUCACCCAUGGUUUUGAAGAUCUUCCUACAUACAACUCAUGUUUUUUUCCCCAGUUGAUCCUCCCCGAGUGCAUGAAGCUGCUGCCGGUCUACUUGAAUUGCCUUCUGAAGAGCGACGUGCUGCUGCCCGGCGCUGACGUGUCGCUGGAUGACCGAGCGUACCUGCGGCAGCUCGUCAGCUGCAUGGACGUGGCCGAGACCCACGUCUUCUUUUACCCUCGCCUUCUGCCGCUGAUGAAGCUGGAGAGUGGGUCGUUGCCGAUGGCGGUGAGGGCCUCCGAGGAGAGGCUUUCCAAAGGUGGCGUUUACCUGCUGGAGACGGGCCUCCAUCUCUUCCUGUGGGUGGCAGCCAACGCGCAACAAGAGCUGCUGCUCAACAUCUUUGGAACAUCCAGCUUCAGCCACGUCGACUCCACCAUGACUAGUCUGCCGGUGUUGGACAAUCCAUUCUCACAAAGACUCCGAGAGAUUGUGGAGUCCUUCAGAGCGCAGCGGUCGCGAUACAUGAAGCUGAUGGUGGUGAAGCAGGAGGAGCGCUCGGAGCUCAUCUUCAGACAUUUCCUGGCGGAGGACAAGAGCGCCAGCGGGGGCGCGUCCUACGUGGACUUCCUGUGUCACAUGCACAAGGAGAUCCGCCAGCUCCUCAGCUAGGUCCACAAAGUCCCGCCUUCUUUUUUUCUUCCUAUCUUUUCUCCCUCCUCCUCUUUUCUCCCUUUUUUUAACCUAAUAAACUUUAAAGCUCUCCUUGCUGUCAUCUAAGCACCAGAGCUGGCAGAUUUCAUGGGGUGUGUGUGUGUGCUCGUGUGUGUGUGUGUGUGCUCGCGCACGUGUGUGUGUGUGUGAGAAAUAAAUGGAUGUUAAUAGAGCUUUACUCUGGCUCAAAUCUACUGCGGUGAGAGGAGGGAGGGAGAUUAUGUACAUAAACACACGCAAACGUAAAGAAUGAUGUAUGCAACCUGACUGUAUUUACUAGCACUGAAAAUCAUUUUUUUUAUAACGAAAUCCCGUUAAAAAGCGAUAGAAGAACGAUCUACUAGCAAAGUCAUGAAAGGAAUCAAAUAAAUGCUGUAAUCUUCCCCUUUUAAUCAUGGCCUUAGCACCCCCAUGAUGCUUUCACGAUUCAUUUCAACGUGCGUGUCCUUUCCUUUUCUUUUUUAAAAUCGACAUUUUGCAUCCCUUUCCUUGCCUGGCAACACUGCAAAUAUGGCCACAACAAUUAGGUACGCCCGCAGAAGGCGCUCCAUCCACACUGGCGGAUUUAGCAGGAAUAAUAAUAAUGAUAAUAAUGCUCGUUUUUCAGGGCGUCCUGUUUGCCAAAAUAAAGGAAACUCCGCCCCUGCCGGGGUACCUAAUGGAGUGUCCCGCGCCAGGUGACGAGCACAGACAAAACUAUCGUAUGAGUGAGCUGAGCCCUCUGUGUUUAUAUAUAUAUAUAUAUAUACAUACAUAUAAAUACAAUAUAUACUGUGUACAGAAUGAAUAGACAGACAAUAAUCAUUUUAAGUAAAAUGAGCUGAUUAAAUAUAAAGCAAAUUACAGCUUUUACUAAUAAUGAAGGGAUGCUUCUUUUGAUAUAUAUAUGUAUGUGUGUGUGUGUGUGUGUGUGUGUGUGUGUGUGUGUGUGUGUGUGUGUGUGUGUGUGUGUGUGUGUGUGUGUGUGUGUGUGUGUGUGUGUGUGUGUGUGUGUGUGUGUGUGCUCGGUCCUGGUGAAAUUUCUCCUGAGGAACAGAGGGACCCUCUAAAACAAACCCUACCAAAAUAAAGUCGAUACUUUAAAAGAAAAGAGAAAAGCUGUCGAGUGAGUGUGAAACCCUCUGUCCAAGGCCACCAUGUUCACUGUAUUCUUCAUUUGUGUUCCUUUUUUUCGUCUGAUUUGUUUUUUUCCAUUGCCUCUUGGGACUUCUAAUAAAAAUGAUUGUUAAAAUUGAUGGGCAAAAAA